AUGGGCUCGGACACCGGCCGGCCUGAUGUACCUCUCCUAAUCGGGCUCGUCACAUCGAUCAUCGGCGCCGGCGGCAGCAUGAGACAAGGAAAGAAGUCCUGGCCGUCCGCGGCGGAGUGGCCCAACCUCCCCGACGAGCUCCUCGGCAUGGUCCGCUUGAAGCUCGCCAGCCCGCGCGACCGCGUCCGCUUUGCCGCCGUCUGCAGCUCGUGGCGCGCCGCAGCGUCACGGCAGCCACCGCCACCUGCUCUGCCACUCCUACUCCUCUCGCCCCAGGACGAGGACAAGGAGAAGCGGUUGUACUGCCUCGAGGACGGCGGCAUGCUGACGGUCCCGGUCACGAGCAGGCUGUGCGGCAUGUGGAUCAACGGAUCCUACGACGGCGGCUGGAUCACGGCGGGCAGCAUGAACCCGGGGUUGUCGGUCGUGAUCCUGAACCUCUUUUCCGGUGUUGAGGUCGAGCUCUCCGCCAAGCAGAGGAGGAUCGACUGCGUGCACCACCGCGGCCCAUACGUAGCAUGGAAAAUCAUCUUCUCCGAAGCUCCCACCUCGAGCAGCUGCAUCCUCGCUGCCAUGACCGACACGUGCAACAUCGCCUUGUGUAGAAUCGGCUGUCCAGACGGCAGUUGGACGAUGGAAGGAUGCGAGAGGGCGGAGCUCGGGGACAUGGCCUUCUGCCAGGGCAAGCUUUACGGCCUAACAAGUUGCAGCGAGAACUUGCUAAGGUACGACAUCGGCGAGAACAAACAUGGUGCGCCCGUGGUCACCGCCGCACACCCACUAAAUGUCCAAAGGCGUCAUGGCCCUAUAUGCAACACCAGGUGCUCCCUUGAUUCCGCCAGCUACAUCUUUGAGCUGCGUGGCAACCUAGCGAUGGCGGUGAUGAUCCGGUGGUCGGAAAACCACCAAGCUUUUUUCAAGGUGUUCGAGCUUGCCCAAUCCAGUUCCAAAGACGAUGCACAUGACUACAGCUGGGUAGAGUUGCAUAACUUGGAUGACUACGCCUUGUUCUUGGGACCGACGUUAUCCAGAGUAGUCCAUGUGCCAAUGGGCGGUCGUGGGGGCGUAGAGAGAAACCACAUCUACUACUCAUACUUUCGAAGCCUGUAUGUCGAAGAAAAGGAGUUCGAAGGGAAAUCGCACUUAACAAGAUCCAGCUGGGGUGACCGGAUGUAUUCCAGGGAAGAUCACAAUGUAGGCGACGGUGAAGAUGGCGUGCAGCAGAUCCCAGCAAUAGGCUACUACAUUUUUGGUGGCCCUUAUGUUCCCAUGUGGUGCUUCCCUCCCGACUUCUAG